AUGAUGCUCGCUACCCGUAUGUUCCAUUCUCUUUCUCCGGGCUUCUUCCGCCCUGCUUCUCAAUUGUUGCGUCCUUCCAGCAUCUCUUCUUCCUCUUCAUUGUUGAGAAAUGUAUGGAAACGAUCCGUCGCUACUGAACACAUGACGGAAAUAGAAAGCGGGUCCCGUCUUGCUAAUCAGCGUCUUCAUCGUCCCAACUCUCCUCAUUUGUCCAUCUAUGAACCUCAAUUGACUUGGUACCUGUCCAGUAUACACCGUGUUACUGGUGUUGUUUUGGCUGGUGCUCUUUACCUCUUUGCGACUGGUUACUUGGUUGCUCCUUUGGCUGGCUAUUCUCUUGAUACCGAAACCAUUUCGGGUCUUCUUCAACAAGUUCCUACUUGGAUAAAGGUUCCUGCCAAAUUUGCUGUCUCCUAUCCUUUUACCUUCCACAUUUACAAUGGACUUCGUCACUUGGUUUGGGACACCACGAAAGAAUUAACUCUUAAGGGUGUCUAUCGUACUGGCUAUGCUGUUCUUAUCCUUUCCGUUUUGACUUCUGGCUAUCUUUCUUUUGUUCUUGUGGAAUACUAUGUCUGA